AUGCCGAGCAGCUCGGACACGGCGCUGGGGGGAGGCGGGGGCCUGAGCUGGGCGGAGAAGAAGUUGGAGGAACGCCGCAAGCGGAGGCGAUUCCUGUCCCCUCAGCAGCCGCCGCUGCUGUUGCCGCUCCUGCAGCCGCAGCUCCUGCAACCGCCGCCGCCCCCGCCGCCUCUGCUCUUCCUGGCUGCUCCCGGCACGGCCGCCGCCGCAGCCGCCGCCGCCGCGGCCUCCUCCUCUUGCUUCAGCCCGGGCCCCCCUCUGGAGGUCAAGCGGCUGGCGAGAGGCAAGAGGCGCGCAGGAGGGCGGCAGAAGCGGCGCCGCGGGCCCCGCGCCGGGCAGGAGGCGGAGAAGCGUCGGGUCUUCUCGCUGCCCCAGCCGCAGCAGGACGGCGGUGGCGGUGCUAGUAGCGGCGGGGGUGUGACCCCGCUGGUGGAAUACGAGGAUGUGAGCUCCCAGUCCGAGCAGGGGCUGCUGCUGGGGGGGGCCAGCGCGGCAACGGCGGCGACGGCUGCCGGGGGAACGGGGGGCAGCGGCGGGAGUCCGGCCUCCUCCUCCGGCACCCAGCGGCGCGGGGAGGGGUCGGAGCGCAGGCCCCGCCGGGACCGCCGCAGCAGCAGCGGCCGCAGCAAGGAGCGCCACCGCGAGCACCGGCGGCGGGACGGGCAGCGCGGCGGCAGCGAGGCCUCCAAGUCCCGCAGCCGCCACAGCCACAGCGGCGAGGAGCGGGCCGAGGCCGCUAAGAGCGGCAGCAGCAGCAGCAGCGGCGGCCGCCGGAAAAGCGCCUCGGCCACGUCUAGCAGCAGCAGUAGCCGCAAGGAUCGAGACCUGAAGGCUCACCGGAGCCGGACUAAGUCGUCCAAGGAGCCGCCUUCGGCCUACAAGGAGCCGCCCAAGGCCUACCGGGAGGACAAGAGCGAGCCCAAGGCCUACAGGCGGCGGCAGCGGUCCCUGAGCCCGCUGGGAGGCCGGGACGACAGCCCGGUGUCCCACAGGGCCUCGCAGAGCCUGAGAAGCCGCAAGUCCCCCAGCCCAGCAGGAGGUGGCAGCAGCCCGUACUCUCGGCGGCUGCCACGCUCCCCGAGCCCCUACAGCCGCCGCCGCUCCCCCAGCUACAGCCGCCACAGCUCCUACGAGCGGGGCGGCGACGUGUCCCCGAGCCCCUACAGCAGCAGCAGCUGGCGCCGCUCCCGGAGCCCCUACAGCCCGGUGAUCAGACGUUCUGCCAAAUCCCGAAGCAGAAGCCCAUAUUCCUCUAGGCAUUCAAGAUCUCGUAGCAGGCACAGGUUGUCUCGAUCCAGAAGCCGUCACUCUAGCAUUUCUCCUAGCACACUAACUCUGAAGAGUAGCCUGGCAGCCGAGUUGAACAAGAAUAAAAAAGCACGGGCUGCAGAGGCAGCAAGAGCUGCAGAAGCCGCAAAAGCUGCAGAAGCAGCUAAGGCUGCUGAGGCUGCUGCCAAAGCUGCCAAAGCCUCCAACACUUCUACACCUACGAAGGGGAGCACGGAGACGGGUGCCAGUGCAUCUCAAACAAACCAUGUGAAGGAUGUGAAGAAACUGAAAACAGAACACGCACCUUCUCCGUCAAGUGGUGGGACUUUAAAAAACGACAAGGCAAAAACAAAGCCACCUCUUCAGGUAACCAAGGUGGACAAUAAUUUGAUUGUAGAUAAAGCCGCCAAGAAAGCAGUUGUAGUUGGGAAGGAGAGUAAGUCUGCUGCUACAAAGGACGAACCAGUAUCUCUUAAAGAGAAAACCAAACCACUUACACCAAGUUUAGGAGCCAAGGAGAAGGAGCAACAUGUGGCUUUAGUGACCUCUACGUUACCACCGUUACCUUUGCCUCCCAUGCUGCCUGAAGAUAAAGAUGCCGAUAGCUUACGAGGAAAUAUUUCAGUAAAAGCAGUUAAAAAAGAAGUAGAGAAGAAACUACGAUGUUUACUUGCUGAUUUACCACUGCCCCCUGAGCUACCAGGAGGAGAUGAUCUCUCAAAGAGUCCAGAAGAAAAGAAAACAACAACACAGUUACAUAGUAAAAGGAGGCCUAAAAUAUGUGGGCCUCGCUAUGGUGAAAUCAAAGAAAAAGAUAUUGACUGGGGAAAACGCUGCGUGGAUAAAUUUGAUAUCAUCGGAAUUAUUGGAGAAGGUACCUAUGGACAAGUUUACAAGGCCAGGGAUAAAGACACUGGAGAAAUGGUAGCCUUAAAGAAAGUACGUCUAGAUAAUGAAAAGGAAGGCUUUCCAAUUACAGCAAUUCGAGAAAUUAAAAUUCUCCGGCAGCUUACCCACCAGAGUAUUAUCAAUAUGAAGGAAAUAGUGACUGAUAAAGAAGAUGCUUUGGAUUUUAAGAAGGAUAAAGGUGCAUUUUAUCUGGUGUUUGAAUAUAUGGACCAUGAUCUGAUGGGACUACUGGAAUCAGGCUUGGUUCAUUUUAAUGAAAAUCACAUAAAGUCAUUUAUGAGACAGCUUAUGGAAGGCCUGGAUUAUUGUCAUAAGAAGAACUUUUUGCAUAGAGAUAUUAAAUGUUCAAAUAUUCUUCUAAAUAAUAGAGGGCAAAUAAAACUUGCAGAUUUUGGACUUGCUCGAUUGUAUAGCUCAGAAGAAAGUCGGCCGUAUACUAACAAGGUCAUCACUUUAUGGUACCGUCCACCUGAACUGCUGUUGGGAGAAGAAAGAUACACACCAGCCAUUGAUGUAUGGAGCUGUGGAUGUAUCCUCGGUGAACUCUUCACUAAAAAACCUAUAUUUCAAGCAAAUCAGGAACUUGCACAACUAGAAUUAAUAAGCCGUAUAUGUGGGAGUCCAUGUCCUGCAGUGUGGCCUGAUGUAAUCAAACUACCGUAUUUCAACACCAUGAAACCAAAGAAGCAAUAUCGUCGAAAGUUAAGAGAAGAAUUUGUUUUUAUUCCUGCAGCCGCAUUAGACUUAUUUGAUUACAUGCUCGCCUUGGAUCCUAGUAAGCGCUGCACUGCAGAACAGGCUCUUCAGUGCGAAUUCCUUCGGGACGUGGAGCCCUCAAAGAUGCCUCCACCAGAGAGGUUUUUACACGCUGAGGCAAUGCACCAUAGUAAGAUGGCUGAGAGUCUUCCUUUAUGGCAAGAUUGUCAUGAGCUGUGGAGUAAAAAGCGAAGAAGACAGAAGCAGAUGGGCAUGACUGAUGAUGUUUCAACAAUUAAAGCCCCCAGAAAGGACUUGUCUCUUGGCUUAGAUGACAGCAGGACCAGCACACCACAGGGCGUGCUGCCGUCUUCACAGCUGAAACCUCAGGGCAACUCGAACGUAGCACCUGUAAAAACAGGCCCUGGACAGCAGUUAAACCACAGUGAAUUGGCAAUUCUACUAAACCUACUACAGUCUAAAACAAGUGUUAAUAUGGCUGAUUUUGUCCAAGUGUUGAACAUUAAGGUAAACUCUGAGACUCAACAGCAGCUAAAUAAAAUAAACCUUCCUGCUGGAAUUUUGGCAACAGGUGAAAAACAGACAGACCCAUCCACACCACAACAGGAGUCUUCGAAACCAUUGGGAGGAAUUCAGCCUUCUUCUCAGAGCGCGCAGCCUAAAGUGGAGACUGAUGCUGCCCAGGCGGCCGUGCAGAGCGCGUUUGCAGUUCUGCUGACUCAGUUAAUAAAGGCCCAGCAGUCCAAGCAGAAAGACGUGCUACUGGAAGAGAGGGAAAAUGGGUCGGGACAUGAAGCAUCAUUACAACUCAGGCCACCUCCAGAACCUAGCACUCCGGCAUCGGGGCAAGAUGACCUCAUUCAGCACCAAGAUAUGAGGAUGUUGGAGCUCACCCCAGAACCGGACCGGCCUCGUAUCCUCCCUCCUGAUCAGCGACCUCCUGAACCGCCUGAACCACCACCAGUCACCGAAGAAGAUCUGGAUUAUCGGACAGAAAACCAGCACGUACCCACCACCAGUUCUUCGUUAACUGACCCUCAUGCCGGAGUGAAAGCCGCCCUGUUACAGCUGCUCGCUCAGCAUCAGCCCCAGGAUGAUCCCAAAAGAGAAAGUGGUAUGGAUUACCAGGCAGGAGACACUUAUGUGCCCACAUCAGACUACAAGGACAAUUUUGGAUCCUCUUCUUUCUCUUCCGCUCCUUAUGUUAGCAAUGAUGGUCUGGGAAGUAGCUCUGCUCCUCCACCAUUGGAACGACGUAGCUUCAUUGGAAACUCAGAUAUUCAGUCUUUGGAUAACUACAGUACUUCUUCAUCUCAUUCUGGUGGUCCACCUCAGCCUUCUGCCUUUUCCGAGUCAUUUCCCAGUUCAGUAGCUGGAUACGGAGACAUUUACCUCAAUACUGGUCCCAUGUUGUUCAGUGGAGACAAGGACCAUAGAUUUGAAUAUAGCCAUGGCCCCAUUGCAGUCCUGGCGAACAGCAGUGACCCUCCCACAGGGCCAGAGAGUACUCAUCCUUUGCCAGCAAAGAUGCACAACUAUAACUAUGGUGGUAACUUACAGGAAAACCCGGGUGGCCCUGGCCUCAUGCAUGGACAGACCUGGACUUCUCCUGCCCAAGGACCUGGAUAUUCACAAGGAUACAGGGGACACAUUAGCACAUCAGCUGGCAGAGGUCGAGGCAGAGGGUUACCAUACUGAGUAUCUGUUUUUCCUCAGGCACAUCAUUUUUAUCUGGAAAGACUUUUCUAGCUGCAAUUUAAGGCAGCAAUCCAAGAGACUUGAAUAAUAUUAAUUCAACAACAGCUUUAUUUUUAUGUGGAAAGGGUCUUGCAUACAAUAGUUAAAAAAAAAAGAAAAAAAAACCUUUGCUUAAAUUCAUGCUGUUCUAAAAACUAGAUCUAUUGAUUGUACAUCUUCACAAAUUCUAGUUAACAGUUUUAUUUUGUAUUCUUGCAGUUUUACGUGGAUGCUAAUCUUAGGGACAUAAGAGUCUUUUAUGGCCCUCUUGCAGAUCUUCUGAACUAUGCACAUUUGUGCUUUUUUUGUAAGUUUGGACCAACUUUUAUGUAACAACCAACCAACCCCGCCCCCCCUCCAGUUUUACAACAAUCAGAAAGGGCACUGAUUUAUUUGGUAUUUUUCUUUUUACAAAGCUACCUUUAGUCAAAGGUCACUGUCAGUCUUUGCACCUGCUUCCAGUGUUAUUGUGAAAGGUGUACUUUGUGCUCACUUCAGAAAAUAAAACACAACCUUUCUCUUGAUGCAACAGUUUUAUAAAAAAAAAUGGUCAACGUUAUUUUUGUUUUAUUUUGCAGAUUAUCAUAGCCGAGCAAAAUGCAUUCAAAUGAAAUAGUGGGUUUUAUAUGAAAAAUAUGGGGUGGGGAGGGUAAGUAAGUGCCUUAACAGGUAAGCUGAAGGUCUGAAAAAGCAGUUAACCUUUACACCCAUUUGUCUUCUAAAGGGAAUCAAUACUGUAUUGAAGAGGCAGGGAGCUCUCCAGUGUUUAGGGACUGCUGCCUGUUCAGUUCCCGCUAGACUCAUUCCCUCUGCCUGUCACACUUUCUUCUUUCCUGCCUGUCUUUGGGCUAUGUUACCUUCCACUACCACCUUGUCUUGAUAGGAGCGUGAGAGCAAAGAAAGGGAUUAGAACUCCAGUCAGUACCUUGUUACUUCCAAGAAGUUCUAAAAAGUUACAUCAGUUAAGUGGUUGAAAGUAAUAGCUAAAUGAGAAUUUUAGAGUACCCGUUUUCAGGCUGCCAUAUUGUCCCUGUUUUCCUUUUGCCAUGGAUAAUUGGAGGGCAGUAGUACAGAAGCAAGGCUUAAUAAACAGAAUUGCCUGAUUCUAUUAAAGUUCAUGGGGGGAGGGGAGGCAGACAUCAUAUUUUAAGUUACGCAAUUGCCAUUUUAAGAAAAAGCCGUUCAGUUUGUUAACUAGAAACUUUGCCUACACCGAAUUUAUUGAAACAAAAAGAAAAAGUAGUGAGAGAAAACCUCUUCUCUUCCUUCCUCUCACCUUCUGUGAGGUUUAUUAGGACUUCUGCCAGACUUAGAGCAACUUUAGUUCAUUUUAGCAUUUUUCUCUUUUAUUAAAAGCAGCAAAGAAGGAUGGACUAACCCUUAUGUAAGCUGUAAUGGUGUCAAGUCUAACUAACUUCUCGUGCACGCUCAGGUACACGUACAAUUACAAUAAAUUCUCAAAAGGAACCAAAGGUGAAUAACCAGUGUUUCCAGUAUCCCUGAAUGGAAAAAUAAACUCUGGAAAUGAGAGCUGUGCCAAUUAACCAUUUUGUUUUAACUGUUCUUUCUCCUGGUAACUUACUUUUUCAUUGGAAUUGUAAAUCGGAAGAACUGUUUUAGAAUGGAAAUUUGCUCCAGUUCUAAAGUCAGUCUUUUAACCCCAUGUCCUCUGACUUGUGAACCUUCAUUUCAAAAUACUAUAUGGGAAGCAUUACAGUUUGGUGACAGCAAGGAUAUUUUAAAGUGGAUAUUUUACCAUUUUACUGCUAUAAAAUGAGUUGAUGUCAGUUGAUCAUUUUAUUUUUUUGAUGGAAUUUUUUUUUAUUGGGGAGAAAAAUGAAUGGAAGAAAAAUUAUUUUGCUUUUAUUUGAAUUUUGAGUACUAACAACUUAAAACUACGUUGCAGGAGGUGAAGAAAUACUUCAAAUUUAGCAAAAUAGCUACAGUAUUCAACUAUCUCAAAUUUUAAUAUGGUGAGUCUUAGCGCUUUAGACUUUCCUAUAAGUGACAGUAUCUAAGUUAUUCUUAAUAGUCACACUUGAUAAUUCUGCUGACCAUAGCAGCUAACCGAAAAUUGAAGAUAUUUAUGUGACAUGAAUAGCCUGUGUUUUAAAAAUUAAAUAUUUUAUAUAAAAUUGAA